AUGGAUAGUGAUAAAGAUAAAUCGAUAGACAGAAGUGAUGGAAGUGAUUCGGAAGUCAUACGUAUAUGUGAAUUAGAACUAAAGCAAAUUGAAGAUCGAAGAAUAACUCGUGUGGCUAAAAUGGAACAGGCGAACUCUGGGUUCACUACCCGAAAAUCUGAAGUGAGAUCGGAGAAGAGAAAAGCACGUGAAGAAGAUACAAACAGCGAAGAUGAUUAUGUGACAGUUGAGAAAAGAAGACCGAAACGACUCUUAAGAAGUAUUUCAACAGGACAGGGACAAAAGACAACAUCGAAAGAAAUCGGAUCUAAAUAUGAGGUUUGUGUUACAUCAUUUAAAGAAUUACCAAAACAAAUGGCGUUAGCUAAAUUAUUACGAAGUGAGAAUAUUCAGAAUAUUGAAACAAUCAAAUAUAAGUCUCCUUUCAAAGUUUUGAUUUGUUUUCAAAGUGAUAAUGAUGCGGAAAAAAUGAUUAGUUGUAAAAAAUUUCAAGAUUUAGAGUACAAAUGUCAAAAAACGUUUGAAACCACGGUUUCUUAUGGAUUGAUCAGAGGUGUGGAUUUGGAGUUUACUGAGGAAGAUAUUUUAGCAAUUUUGAAAAGUGAUAUCAAAAUAUUGGCGGUAAGACGACUUAAACGACUAGAUUUAAAUAGCAAGUGGGUCGAAAGUGAAACUGUAAGGAUAUGCUUUCAAGGCACUAUUUUACCUCCUUAUGUCACGGCAUAUGAGUAUAAUUUCAAAGUGGAAAACUACACUUUUCCAGUAACACAAUGUACCGGAUGCUGGAAAUUCGGACAUAUUAUUAAAGCAUGCCCGACUAAAAAAAUCUUAUGUCCAAAAUGUGGUAGUACAGAACACAUAAACUGUGAUCUAAAAACAUACAGGUGCCUCAAUUGUAAAGGAUUACAUUUCGUUUUGGAUAAAAGUUGCCCUAUGUAUCUCAAAGAAAAAGAAAUACGUAUCACUAUGAGUAAGGAAAAUAUAACUUACAGAAAAGCUCUACAAAUGAUUAUAAAUAAAAGUCAAAUAGAAAUGAGCGAAAACUUAAAUAUGCACUCUAAAAAUACUUUUGUCAAUCAAGAGAUGACAGAACAGCCUACACAAGUAUGGGAAAACCGUGGCUCUCGAAGUUAUAGUCAGGUUGUUGCUGACGCUCAAGUUCAUAAUGAAAAUAAUCAAGAACCAGCCUCAGAGGAAGGAAAAACACCUUUAGAAACAAAUAAAAAGGAAAGGAAAGAAAAGAAAAAACAAAGACAAAGAAAAGAAAAGAAAAAAAUAAAUAUGAUAGAAAAUGAUAUUGAGUUUAAGGAAGCGGAAGAAGAAAGCCAAAAAAGUACUUCAGACGAAGAAGAAAUGAGUGAAAAAACAGUUGAUUUUAAGGGACUCUUAUUAAAAAUUCAUUCUAUUUGGUACUCUAGGAAAAGUUAUGAGGAUAAAGUUUUUGCGGUUUUCGUGGCUAUUUUUAAAGUAAUUAAAACAUUUGUGAGUAGUUUAAUAUCGGGACGAAAAAUUUAUGAAACAGUUUUAAAUUAUAUGAAUCAUGGAUAG